AUGUCGCGAGGAGCGCAAAUAACAUGUGGUUUGAAACGACCUUUAAGCUCAUGCAGCUUCAGUGCUCCUGAAGUACCGAAUAAGAAAAUUAUCAUCAGCCUUCCUGGCGACUUUAAGUAUGAUGCAGUUCCUGCACAAGUAGUACUAAAAGGUCCUUGUGCAGCUGAAUCUUGUAAUGUUGAGAAACRCCAGGAGCCAUGUGAUAAUGCAAAAGAGAUCAAACAAUCACAUUCUAAGCUGAAAGCUGCACCAAGGGAAAUACURGUCGCCAAAAGAGCCUUAGAASCACUAAAGAGAAAGUUUUUCUCUAAGUAUCAACAAGGUGAAGUUAUUGGAACAGGCUCUUUUGGAGAGGUGUAUGAAGGAGUCAGGAUUAAAGACCAGAUACCAAUCGGACCUACUCGCGUCCUCCCCGCCGAAGUGUAUUAUCAGCGUCGCCUGAACCACCCUAAUAUCAUUAAACUCCUGGAGUAUUACGUGUUUGAGGGCAACCACGUGAUGGUAAUGGAACGUCCACGUGACUGCACAGACCUGUUUGAAUACCUAUUUAACAAAGAAGAUAAUAACAUCAACGARCACGAGGCCAGGAAGAUCUUUCGUGAGGUCUUGGAUGCAGUAGUUUACCUUGAUAAACAAGGCAUCGURCACCACGAUCUCAAGUCUGAAAACAUCUUGCUGGACUUGAGUAAUGGCGGGAAAGUAAAACUGAUUGACUUUGGUCUUGCAUGUCACGUGACAAGUAAACCAAUCACAGAUUUCUUUGGAACACCCGAGUUCUGUCCUCCAGAAUAUCACACUGACAAUCAAUACGACGGUCGCCAAGCAACCGUGUGGUCACUAGGGUGUGUCCUCUACGAUAUGUUAACUGGUGACUUGCCAUAUAAGGGUGCAGAGGACGCUGCAAUUGAACCACUCAGGAUACCGAGUCAUCUAUCACAAGAUGCUCGUGGAUUCUUGGGAAUCAUGCUCGAUAAACGAACUGACUACCGCGCAAGUCUUAGCGAUCUGCUUAUACACCCCUGGCUGACGACACCUUGA